AUGGCCUUCAGAAACCUGAAGUUUUGCCUUCUGAUUCUGAACCAGCCUUUCGACAAAGGUCAUUUUCAUUGUCUGUGGAGCAAAGCUGCACUGAGAGCUUGUGCUGAUGGAGGUGCCAAUCGUCUCUAUCACGUCACAGAAGGAAGCCAGGACAGCUUCUUGCCUGAUUACAUCAGUGGUGAUUUUGAUUCCAUUCAGCCUGAAGUCAAGGAGUACUACAAGGUCAAGGGAUGUGAGUUAAUUGAGACCAUGGAUCAGGACCUCACAGAUUUCACCAAGUGCCUUCAGAUACUCCAGAAAAAGAUAGAGAAGAAGGGCCUCCAGAUCGAUGUGAUUGUGACUUUGGGUGGACUUGGAGGACGCUUUGACCAAACGAUGGCAUCAGUGGAGACGCUUUUUCAUGCAACAAAUAUCACUCCUUUUCCAGUGAUAGUUAUCCAGGAGUGCUCGCUGAUUUACCUGCUUCAACCUGGCAAGCACAAGCUGCGUGUGGACACGGGACUGGAAGGCGCCUGGUGUGGCCUCAUCCCCAUCGGGAACUCCUGCGAGAGCGUGACCACCACGGGCCUCAGGUGGAACCUCAGUAACCAGCUGCUGAAGUUUGGGACACUCGUCAGUACCUCCAACACCUAUGAUGGCUCUGGCAUUGUGACCAUUGAGACAGACAAGCCUUUGCUGUGGACAAUGGCUAUCAAAAGAUAAGGUCAGCUACAGCUGCCUUUCUGAUCUGACUCAACUCCAAUUACUGCAAAAUUCUGCUGAAUUCAGACAGUAAAGCUGUUCCAAAAGAUAUAAGCAGGCAUUGAUUUUAUGUACUGAAUGGAAAACAGAUCUGAAAUAAAAAGUUGGUUGAGAUCAAAUCAAGAUUAGUAGCAAUAACUGAGUACUUCAUUCUAGUACCUCACUCUACUUAAUCAGAAGACACAUGAGCUACCACCCAAUACAAUCACAACAGAAGUGAAUAUAAAGAAACUGCUACUGCUUAUCUGGUUAGUUCAGACUAUUUUUAAGAAGCAUUUGAUUCCAAUACUGAACUAUUUUUUCUCCUUUUGCCAGAAGGAAAUACAGUACACAGUUGCACAUAGCAUAACUAUAUUAAAAGGUGAUAGCACUAAGAACAGUUAAUCUCAUUUUUCUGUCCUAGUUUGUAGCAUAUGUAGGUGUUGGUGAAGAUUUCUCAAGAAGAGUAAUAAUUGAACUUUUCUACUUACAAAGCAAGUUUGUCUGCUGAAGAAGCUUCAGUUUUGCUGUAAAACCAGUAUCAGAUUUCCCAGUGCUUUUAAAGUCUGUAAUAGAAGUAGCACUGUAACUUCUGCAAGCUUUUUGGAGUGAAAUAUAAAUUUCUUAAUCUCUAUCUGAGGAAGAGCAUUGCAUCUACCAGUUUUUGCAGGCUUAUUUUUAAAAAUUAAAACAUUCAGUCACUUAAUAAUGGAAGCUUCCAGGUCAACAAAUUCAGAGCCCUUCAUAAUUCAAUAUGCAGUUGUCUUACAGAACCAGUAUCCAAACCGGUUGUAUACCCUGUUCAACAGUGGGAGCAAGUUGUUGAUUCACUGAAGGACUGCUUACUAUCUGACAACUAAAUUAACCUCAAACUGUACAUCUUAAUAACUAACUAAGUUUGGCUUUCUUAACUAUGCCAUCAGGAUAAGGACAAGGCAAUGCAAGUUCUUCAUUUGAUGGAGUUGUUUUUCCAGUUAUUUACAUAAAAUAACCUAACAGGACUUCCAAACGCAGAAAGGAUUUUGGGGUAGUGACGGUGAUUCUGGAUAUUCAUGACAAGAAUUACAGUUGAUGGACUUUUAAAUCACCACUGUGGAGGAGACAGUAAUGCUGUUUUCUUGCUGCCUACUUUUGCUGGAACAAUGCUGUUUACUAAGCAGUGAAUUAAUUUACUAGCAGUAAAUUAAGCAUUGGAACAGCUUCUGGAGAGGCUGUACAGUUGUUACCCUUGGAGGCUGGACUAGAGACCUCCUCCCAAGGUUCCGUCCUACCCAAUUCUAUUACAGUUGAAAGUAGUAACAAAACAAAACAAAACACCCACUCUACUACUAC